AUGAUGGGAUCAACUUUGAUCAACAUUGACUUGAAGAACACCGUCCACAGUGUAAUUGAGGAUCGCAUUGUGCGACGUCGGACGGGUGUACAGUCCUGGAAGGUAGAAUUAGGCCUUCUCGAUCUUCCUGAAGAUCUCUUGAUAGAACAGGUCCUAGGACGGUUGGAUUUCCGUGAUUGUAUUCGAUGCUCAAUGGCAUGCAAAGCCCUUCGAUGUAUGUUAGAAGAUUCAUCCGCACUCCAGCUCAAAGUCGAGUUUGGCACGGACGGCAUUCUCGAUACGAGGCUACCAGUCGACAGCUCUAUACCGUCCGCCAAGAAACUGCAAACUCAUCUUGAGCGCCGCCAUGGAUGGCGUUCACUGGACUGGAAAGGGACCGAGAGAAUCGGCCCCACCGACCCGUGCGCUAUGUACGAGUACAGGGCUGGCGUCUACGCUCAGAUCGAGAAUCAUGUGUACCCAAACACAGACCAGUGGUACUCUUCUUCGACCGUCAUCCAAACUACCUCUGCGGGUCAAGCAGAACGGGAAAUCGUCUUCGAAGACAUGGGUAUUUGGGUUGCCGCAAUGACCUUCGAUCCCAUGCAGGAUGUGCUCGCUCUUAUUGAGCGUCACGGGACGGCGGACUCGGAAGGAAGCCGAGGGGAUGCACUGGUAAUAUCAGACGACCAUAAGCUCCUGGUUCAUCUACGGUCGCUCACGACGGAUCGAGCACACACCCUUGCCUCGAAACCCAUCCUACACUGUUUUUACACGCCUUCAAACAGGGAAAACGUGGUCGUCAAAAAGUUCGAGAUCUUCGAUGAUAUGCUCGCCGUGAUUCUAGGUCCUGGGCCCACAUACGCUUGUAUCUGGAACUGGCAAACUGGACAAGUCGUCUUUGAUUUGUGUAUCCCUCGAGCUUAUCUCAACCCUCAGAGUACCUCCAGCCUCUGUAGUGACUUCUGCUUUGUCUCCUCUCGAGUCAUAGCCUCAGUUGCCUUUGACACGGAAAAGGAACCCGGGGAACAAGCGUGGUUCGAUGUCUUCUUAAUCUCUGACCCCGUUUCUGCUCCCAUGGAAGAAACAUCUAGCUCGUCUUCAGCGAGAAAUCUAACUCAUGCAUGCUCCCUAUAUUUUCCACCGAUGGUCAAGGAGCUUUGGGAUGUCGAUAUAUCCACAUCGUCCUCUUCUCUACAAACACCCAUUGGCCUUUUGUUUGCCACUAUACAAUAUCGCACUCACCACAGCCAUGAUGGUGACGAUGAUGGUGCCAGUGACGGCGACGAGUAUAUGUACGGUUAUCAUAUCAUCACGAGUGGCACUAGUGUGUUGGGGUAUGCCGCCCGCCACACGCAGGAGGGUUUCCGAGCGCUCUCGUGGCAGGAAUGGGGACCCGACUCGUCCAAGGUCUUUGCAGAGGGUCUGGACGUGGAUGAUAAAAUUCAUAAUGCGAACAUCCGAUCUACUAUGGGCAAAAGACUUUUUUUCACUUACAUCUACAGCCUCGAAACGAAAGGCGUAGGCCAUAGCGCUGUGAUCGAGUUUGGUUAUCAUCUCCUGCGGGACGAGCACUUUCCCCGCUCAGAGGCUUCCUGUCAUGACGGCACGGAUACUCGAGUUCCGACCAUAGUUAGGGAAAGAUCGCAGACGCACACUCUGCUGGCCGGAAAGAAUAGCCCUUUCGCUAUCGACGUGGAGUCCCGACUUCCGUGGCGGAGCGUUUCGAUGCUCGCCCAUCCUCCUGGUUAUAAUGCUCGGUAUCCGCAAUAUAAGCUUGACGUGGGCCGGAUAGUCGCCAUAGAGGGUGAGGAGGAUCAGACGACUGGAAUCGAGCUGUUCCAAUACAUCUUCUAG